CAAAUCAGAUAACUUUUUUGGACUGUAUUGAAAAGAUUACACAAAUUGAAAUAUAUACACUAUAUUGCCAAAAGUAUUGGGACACCCUUCCAAAUCAUUGGAUUCAAGUGUUCCAAUCACCUCCAUGAGCAUGUAGACUGCUUCUACAAACAUUUUUGAAAGAAUGGGUCGCUCUCAGGAGCUCAGUGAAUUCAAACGUGGUACCGUGAUAGGUUGCCACCUGUGCAAUAAGUCCAUCGGUGAAAUUUCCUUGCUACUAAAUAUUCCACGGUCAACUGUUAGUGAUAUUAUAACAAAGUGGAAGCAACUGGGAACAACAGCAACUCAGCCACAUAAAAUGACAGAGCGGGUCAGCGCAAGCUGAAGCACACAGUGCGCAGAAGUCGCCAGCUGUCUGCAGAGUCAAUAGCUAAAGACCUCCAAACUUUGUGUGGCCGUAAGUU